AUGAAUCAGGAAGACCCGAACGCUCGCAAGAGGAACGUACUCAAUGAUGAGAUAGCACACUACAUAUACUCUUGCCGCGCUCAAGGCUCUGCGAAGCCGCUCGUCUCCAGCAGCGAGUUAUCCCUUCGCUAUGGCAUCACACCAAAGGCAAUCCGAGACAUCUGGAGGAGGAGGACCUGGGUGCAAGCUACACAGUCGCUCUGGACGAGGGCUGAAAGAGAUGACUACAACAGGAGAGAGCACAGUGAGGCGAUGUCGUCCGACUCCAAGGGUAGGGAUAGCAGGGGAGGAGCCAAAACGAGCAAAAGAGAGACUACGGUGCAGGUAGAAAUCCGUCCUGUGUCGGGAGCGGCGUCAUGGCAAGGAUCUGUACAAGACGAAGUCUCCAAGUCCAAGGCGCCGUCAGAGCUAGGAGGAGGCGUGCCUGACAGCACGAGCAGGGAUACUUCGCAAGCGGAGGGAACACGCGAGAACUCGUGGAACGAGGGGUGGCUCACUGACACCAGUAUCAUCAGCAAGUUCCUGGAGCCCUAG